GUGCGAGUCCGACCGCACCGCGACCGAAACAGAUCCAGCUCUUGCUGCUCCUCGUCUCCGUCUUCUUGGCCGGGAAGAAAGGAAGGGAAAGGAAGCGGCGGAGACCAGGCGAUGGCGGCGCCGCUGGAGUUCCUGGAGGCGCAGGGCUCGACCCGGCCGGAGCUGGCGGAGUGGUACGCCGCCCUCGCCGACCUCUACCAGCGGAAGCUCUGGCACCAACUCACCCUCAAGCUCGACCAGUUCCUCGCCCUCGCCGUCGUCCAGGCGGGUGAUGCUCUGAUUCAGCUGUAUACUCAUUUCAUCUCUGAUUUCGAGAGCAAGAUCAAUCUUCUUAAAUUUGCUCACUUCGCGGUAGUAGUUUCACGCCAGUAUUCAGAUAAAGAUGCUGGUAUAAGCUAUCUCGAAGGCGUAAUUUCUAAGCUGCGUGAUACCAAGGAAUCACGGGUUGAAGAGCCCAUUCUGUAUGUGAAGAUGCAGAUUGCAAGUUUUCUUCUUGAGAAAGGGAAUCAAAAGGAGUGUAAGAAACUGAUAGAUGAGGGGAAAACCACUUUGGAUAGCAUGGACGAUGUUGAUCCUUCAGUACAUUCCACCUAUUAUUGGUUAUGUUCUCAGUACCAUAAAGUGUGUCAAGACUAUUCUGAAUUCUAUAAAAAUGCUCUUCUCUAUCUUGCAUACACAACAGUGGAGUCACUUUCAGAGCCAUUCAAACAGAACCUGGCAUUUGACCUCUCACUUGCUGCUUUAUUGGGUGACAACAUAUACAACUUCGGGGAGUUGCUUGCCCAUCCAAUUAUCCAUAGCCUUGUGGGAACACCGGUGGAGUGGAUUUAUCAUAUCUUGCAAGCGUUCAACUCUGGCAAUCUAGCGUCCUACCAGGAACUCUGCAAAGUUCACGCCGCCGCUUUGAGUGCGCAGCCUGCUUUGGUACAGAAGGAGAGGGAACUUCUUGAAAAGAUCAAUAUCCUUUGCUUGAUGGAAAUCAUUUUCAGUCGAGCAUCUCAAGACCGUACAAUCCCGUUGAGCACUAUAGCUGAACAGACCAGGCUCUCAGUUGAAGAUGUGGAGUAUCUACUAAUGAAGAGCCUCUCUGCUCAUCUUAUCGAAGGCAUUAUUGAUGGGGUCGACGGGACUGUCCAUGUUUCAUGGGCGCAACCGAGGGUCCUUGGGAUCGACCAAGUGAAAUCCCUGCGUGACCGGCUUGAUACCUGGGUCGGGAAGGUGCACACUACUUUGCUGUCUGUCGAAGCCGAAACACCCGACCUGGUAGCUUCGUGAUGUUCUUUUGGUCCCCUGUUGAACGAUGGCUGUGACAUUACACAAAGUGAACAGAUGGAUUUGAAAUUUGUAUUGAUUCUUAGGCUGCAAUCUCGCAAAACCUAGAAAGAUUUGUUUGUAAACAUGACGAUCAGUCUUGUUUUGUUUUGACGUGGAACUCGAUGUAUGCGCAACGGUUCUUUCCUGACGCACCAAAGUGAAGUGAAAUCUGGUUCUUGUUUGCGUACAAA